UGCAUCUACCGUAACUGUAAACUUCAAUGGUGGAAAUAUCUAAAGAUUCCAACCCCCAUUAAACGCCAAAACCUUGCCUCUUUCAACCUGCUUCUCUUCUUCUCCUUCCUCAAAACCCUAUGUCCUUCAAUUUCCCUUGACAUUUAUUUCCUCUGUUCCUGGUUUUUCCAACACUUUGAUUCCUUUGAUUUCUGCCCACUUUUCAACCACCAAAUCCCACCCACGAUCUCUCUUUCGAUCCAUACAAUUCCUUAAUUUCAGAUUUCCAAGGGUUUUUUUUCCCCCUUUUCGUAUCUGGGAAUUUCGUUUUAGGGUUUUUGAUCCCACAAAUUUUCUGGGUUUAAGAAGCAACAACCCAUGUCGGCUGGAGUUUGUGGAAAGCGGGUGGGGUUUGAGGAGAUCUUUGGAUCUUCUUCUCCGACGGCUUGUUCUUCUGCUAAGAGGACUCGGUGGUCCACUUUCGGAUCCCCGACCCGAUCGGAUUUCGGGUCUGGACCGGACGAUUCUGCUUCGGUUUUGCUUCAAAUGUUCCCUGGAGUCGGUGCCGAGGUGUCUUCCUUUGAUGAUUUUAGUGCUCGUGUCAAUUCUGCGACGAUUGGAAAUUGUUCUACUGUUCCGGAUGAGAGAACAGCAACAUGCAGCCAAAUGUCACACGAGAAAAUUGAAGAAGCUAAAGAUGUUAGUUCGGCCAUUGAUGAAGGGAAUGGAAUGAAUGGGUCCAAGUGGGUGGACAUGUUUGUGCAAGAAAUGAUGGGUGCAGUGGAUGUUGGUGAUGCUAGAAUUCGAGCUGCAAGGAUUUUAGAAGCUUUUGAACAUAAUGUAACUGUGCAUUCAAGAGAAUCAGAGGAGUUAAAGCAUGCUUCUUUGAGGGAGCAUUUGCAAAACUUGGUAAAUGACAACCAAAUUUUAAAGAGAGCCAUCGCCAUUCAACAUGAGCGGAAUCUCGAGCAAGAAGAGAAGGCAAGAGAAGUCCAUCAGUUAAAGCACGUCUUAUGCCAGUAUCAAGAACAAAUUCAAAGUUUAGAGUUAAAUGUAUAGAAUUAGAACACCAUAACUGGGAAAUCUUAUAUCCUCUGACUCGAUGAAGAUUAAGAGAAGUUAGACUGUUGAAUACACAGCUGUCAGCUUAUAAUCUGAGUAGUCGACGGUCAUCCUUCGUUGGCAAGAUUAAGAGAAGUUAUGCUGAAAAUUUGCUUUUGUGAUAAAUGCUACAAAUCCUCAUGUUGCUUUGAAUUGUUUAUGUGCAGGUAAGAAAUUACACAUUAAAUCUCCAUCUGCAGAGGGCACAAUCUGUUUCAGGACACUUCCACCAAGACAUAUUUUAAGGUUAUUUUUGUUUUCAUUAAUUUCCAAUCUAUACCUUUUCUUUGACCAACAUUGAGUUGAUGCCAAUACAUUAUAAAGUCAUUUGGGUUGUGAUUGUGAUAUUCUCAAGCCAAAGCCACUUUGGCAGUUUGUUGUGAUGAAAGGUUCAAUGCUGGGCUCUACUUUAUUUUAAGUGUUUUGAUGUAACUCAAGAUGCAAAGCUAUGUAUUGAUUAAACCUA